UUUAUAAGGGCGGCUGCGCAUGCGCAACGAGAGCGCCGCUCCGCUCCCAUUGACAAGAGUUAAAUACGCGCAGCGAGCGAGAAUACACUUUACAGCCGACACAACAGGGACUGAGUGAAUGCAGAAAUGACUUCUGUAUUGUACUGAAUAUGACAGCACGAGCGGGAUUUGGGACGUGACAUUCCCAUGACCAGAACCAGGGCGCGCGGACUGCUCCGCCACAACAACAGCAAACUGGACUCUUUCCUCAAGAGGAACACCAGUCGGGAUGUGUACGAGCGGAUCCGGGUCUACGAGCCGUGUGUGGUGAAGAAGGUUUUUAUGCAUGUGAUCUUGAGCGAUGAGCGCGUGUAUCUGAGCGAGUAUCAGCCGCGCGCGCUGCGAGAGGCGCUCAGCUUCAGACACAUCAAGAGCAUCGAGCUGAUCAAUGAUUUGCCAGAUAUCCUCAGUGGACAGGACCGUGAGCGCGCAAUGCAUAUCCCUGUGGUUCAUAGCGCAAAGGAUACUGGGAAAAAUAGUUCGAGACCCAAAGGAUCCAGAUUUCCAUCUCGAGGAUGCAACUCGAGUGCCUGUCAUUCUCUGGAGGCUCCAGCGACAGAGUCCCAGCGCUUCAGUCCUGAACGCACUGAUGAGGAGAACAUCACCUGAGGAGCAGGAGGAGGAGAAAGAGGAAGAGUUACACCUCUAUGGUAUGUCUCCAUCAUCAUGAAUAUACCUUCACCUGCAGAGCUCCUGGAGCAGCUACAUCAUAGUAAGUGUUUGUGGAGUCUUUGUGUUUAAUGGUCCACAUUCAUUUAGUAUUUGACCAUUGUUGCACAAUGUAAGUAAUACACAUAUAAUGGAAGUCUAUGCAAGGCAUUGCAAUGGUAUAAAGGUUCAAACUGAAAGGCUAACUUUUAAAAAGUAAAGUGAUAAAGUAUUGCUAAAAAAUGAUUUUAACUGCACAGCCGACAGACUUCUGUAAGCUUCCAGAUAUGAAAAAUAUAUAACAUAUGCAUGAGAUACCCAGCUGACAGGAAAUGUUCUCUUAGCUUUCACUGAUGUUUUUGAAAAGUCAUAGAAAUGUUAGGAGAAAACAUUCUUAACUUUAUGUUUAUGGAACGUUCACAUAACUUAAUGUUGAGAGAAAACAUUCUGAGAUCAGCAUUUUCGGAAUGUUCCUGUGAUGUUAUUUGAAUUUGAGGAUUAUUGAAACAUUUUUGUAACAUGUAAAUAACAUUCUAAUCAUGAUUUAGAAUAUUAAAAAUAAAUGUUCUACUAAAUAUAACAUUAUUUGAACGUUUAAGAAAUGUUUUAGUCACCUUUAAAUAAUGUUACAAUCACAAUGAUAACUGGACAUUUUAACGUUCUUAGAAUAUUAUAAAUAAACGUACAAAUAACAUUAUAUUUUGGGUAAAUAAAAUUUAGUAGAACAUUUAAGAAAUGUUUUAAAUACCUUUUAAAUAAUGUCCUAAU